UGAUCGAUAAUUCUGGUGGUCAAAGACAGGACCGGCUUAUUCAUGCAUUUGCAGAGAGACCGCGGAGAAGAGGGUUGCCAUAGUUUGUCGGACACCUGCUGAAUAUCUGAGCGUGCUGAAGAAUGGGCCCCUGGGAGGUCAUACUGCUACUGCUCUGUAUGAGCUCCACUUGCUUGGGACAAGCAGUUGAAGGAAGCGGAAGCAGGGACAGAACACGACUGAUAUCAGGAAGGGGGUCCAUCAAUCUUGGCCAACGAUGGGGUUCCAAAUCACCCUUGAUGAACACCAGUGCAAACCUGACAGAAAUUACCAGCAUUAAGUCCUCAUUUGAGUUCAGAACACUAGACCCUGAGGGAGUGGUGUUUUAUGGAGACACGAAAGGGGGCGCAGACUGGUUUGUGCUUGGACUGAGGGGGGGUGUGCCUGAGAUGCAAGUCGGAAAAGCAAAUACACUGACCAGUGUGGCAGGUGGCCCCAAGCUCAAUGAUGGAAAGUGGCACAAGGUGGAACUUCGCAGCGAGGGUGUCUUUGUGGUGUUGGAAGUAGACGGCACAGCUGCAUUGGUGCUGGGACUGCACACCAAUCCAGAAGAUUAUAACUUGGAAGGAAAAAUGCGUCUCUCACUUGGUGGAAUCCUUGUCAGAGAGCUGGAGCUUUUAAAUCCGCUUCGGACAGAGAUGGAUGGCUGUGUGCGAGCAGGUAACUGGCUGAACCUCAGCACCCCCUGGGAGAUAGACGUUAAUGAGGAGCUCCGUCCCUGCUUCGAUGAGAUCCAAAAAGGCAGCUACUUCCCUGGGACCGGCCUGGCUCUGUUUAACUCCUCAGACUUUCCAGCAAAGCAAAUGGAUGAGGGUGGAGCUGAGGUGAAGAUCCAGGGACACUCCUCGGAGUGGAAUGGAACUGUUCUGAGCCUCACGGGCUCCCAGGACAAGCCAGUGCUCACCAUCACUGCCAAGGCGCAAACGGCGGAGCUUAUAGUGACAUUUGGCACACAAACUGCAACUCUGAAGUUAGGUCCACAUAGUCUGGCCCUGAAAUUAUCAGGCCAUGCAGUCCAAGUGGAGCUUGGCCAGCAGCAGCUAUCAAAGCUGGUGGACGUUACACAUGACUGGGUGACAAUGUGGAACAAAGGGAUGGUCCUGGCUUUCGGGGGAGUACCAGGCGAUAGCGAUUCCCAAUGGCUGGAGGGCUGCCUGUCACUGAUCCAAGUUCAAGGACAGGAUGUGGAUCUGGACUGGGCCUUGCAGAAGCACAGCUUUAUCUCCUCCCACAGUUGCCCUUUCUCACCUUAAGCAAUGGGAUAUCCAAUGGGUAUACUGCGUGGAUCCAUGUUUUGAACCUCUUUUUCCUUGCCCCCUUCACCUCAGCUUAUUGAUACACCAUCUUUCCUGACCCUUGACCCAUCAUUCCAUAUUCAUCAUCAAACUGGAUCCUACCCCAAAACGUAUCUUAUGCUAACCUCCUUGCUCUGGUUCUCAACUACCCAUGACACUCAUAAGUCCUCUGUCUUCCUAACCUCCCACUUACUUUUUAUCCCUAUUCUCCUACUUUUUUCUCACUUCAUUGUGUUUCCAAAUUCUUUCCCUACACCUACAAUGACCCAUAUUUUCCCUACAAGCAUAUUGUGCUGUCCUUUCCAAAUGGCUUUCAUCUGCUAGAACACUAUGUAAGAUUAUUGUUAUUUUUAUUUUGACAACAACCAGUUGGAUUAACCAUAAAAAUGUGAGGGAAUGGUUUCUUAUUCCCUUAUUAAAAAACUUUAAAAAUCCA